GUGCAGUAGUGAGCUUGCAGCGGCAGACUGCGGUGCUGGCUCACCAUUCAUUGUGAUGGAGGAGGUCGAUACGCAGCCGUCGCGCGUCGCCAGUGUCGCCGCGCCUCCUGUGGUGCGCGGUCGUAGCCUCGCCUCCCGGCACGCGCCGCUCGCUACACAUUUGUGAGCACUGCGCAACCGACUCGCAUCGGCAGUGAAGCCUUUAUUUAUAAACAAAUUAUAAUUACCUGUGCUUUAAAUUAAAUUUCAGCGCCAGUUUCAUUCAUGAACAACUGUUCCGACUAUCUUAUUUGAUAAAUAGUGAAGUUUAAUAUGAUAUCGUACUUAUUUAAUAGUUUUCGUGAAAGCGCACAUGGCGACAGACUGUAUUACAUAAAUAUUAAAUAAUAUGAACAAUAUUUGCUUCUAUAUUAAUCAGUAUUGUUAUCUGUCUUCAUUGACGGACAAAUGCAGUAAACCAAGUCGUCGGUACACUUGAAAAAUCCAAUAUGGUGGUCGGUCGCAGAAACGUGAGUGUGAUGCGUCUGGGGCGCUGCGUGGCAUUCCUCGCCGCUGCCGCCAUCCUGCUACCCUUCACAAUACUCCUCAUGGUGGCAGACCAGCAGUACAACCUCACAUACAGCUCCAAAAGAGUUUUUUACCAAGAGAGAGACUUCUAUAAAAUUAAUGGAACAUAUUACGCGCCCGCAUUCACGAUAACGACACCUACUAUGUUAAGGACACAGUAUAUCUUCGAGAAUGGGACACACGAGGAGGGUCUCCUGACUCGAGAUAAGUUCAUGGAGGUCAACGCCAGGAUGGAGGCAAGGCGGGACUUCUUGAAGAACGAGUGCUCGAAGUUAGGCUUGGACACGUCCAGCCAGAAGUCUAAUGCCUGGGAGUACUUGAUUAAUAGACAGUACCAUGUUAUAUGGUGCAACAUAUUCAAGGCGGCAUCCACAUCGUGGAUGUACAACUUCAACUUAAUGGCGAACUAUACAGCGGCAUUCCUUGAUAAAACCAAGGAGGUCCCACUCGAGUUAGCAAGGAAGAAAUACGCACGUCCAACAGCAGAAAUGAUCAAAAAGGCACAAGGAGAUUCGAUAACAUUCCUUAUCGUAAGGCAUCCCUUGGAACGAUUGGCAUCCGCGUACAAUGACAAAAUCGUUCACGCUUGGCCCAAGUCAUUCCAUGACAAGAUGGGACAGAGGAUCAUCAGGAAAUAUAGGAAAAAACAGACUCAAGAAUCACCAAGUCUACCAGAGAAAUACCCAAUAUUCCAAGAAUUUGUUUCGUACGUGUUAGAUGAGGCGAAAGCUAAAAGAUCGUUGGACAUGCACUGGACACCAUACACCACUUUCUGCACGCCGUGCAAAUUCAAUUUUGACGUUAUCCUCAAGUUUGAAACACUCGACGAGGACCAACGGUUCCUGAUCCAGCUGGCUCACCUCCAAGAGAUUAUAAAGCCAGAAUGGCGCAACAGCGGCAAAGGCACCAACACAUUGCAUAACAUCAACCAUCUGUACUCAGGGCUCAAGAAGAACCAACUCGACGGCCUUUACAACUUGUAUAAAUACGACUUUCAAUUGUUCAACUACACAAUAGACAACUAUUACGAGAUUGUGGGACAAGAUGAGACCAGCAGCCACGGAUGAACUCUAAUCAGUCAGUUUGAAAGCUUCAAGAUAAUGUUACAUUAACAUAAGCAGCAAUACAAGUAUCGAAGUUGAUGAAUGGAUGAUGAAUUAUUCAUCAAUGGCUGGAAAGACUGAUCGUUGUACAGAAAUGAUUGAUGGAUGUAUUAUUGAUCCACCGGCCAAAUGCAAACUUGCCCCUUGCGUCAAUUUUCUGUUAUCGUUCGGCAGCCAAAAAAAUAAUUUAUGAAUUUUGUAUUACAGUGUUUUCUUUGCAGCACUAUAGAGUAGUGUCAUUGCCUUAAAAAAUUAAACUGUCACAAGUCUUUUUACUUUUUUUGUGCACCGUUACGCUUUAGGCUUUAUUUAUGAGACAAUGUAGGUAACAAAUAGAUUUAAGUGUUAUAGAUAACUCACUUAAGAGAAAAUUAACGAGAUUCGUAUAAAUUGCGUUGUUUUAUCUUAAGGCCUCAUCAAUCACCUUGUUAGUUUUAGAUGUAAGAAUUAAGAUAACGGAAAUUACGAACUGUUGAACUAAUCAAAGUUAUAUCUAAGUAGGUAGAGCUAAUAGCUGAAUUUAGUUAAUAUUGACGCAUAGGACAAAAUAUGUGUACAUAUGUCUUAGUUUUAUAACGCAAACAAAAUUCCUUAGUGCUUCCAUAAAAUAUAGAAUUAUGGAAUAAAGUUAACGUACCUUUAUGAGAAACAAAGUCACUAAGUAGGUUUAUAGUUAUGGCAUUUAAAGGUUGACCUGCUUGAUUCCUUUGCUAGAUUAAAAAAAGAGCAAAAAAACAAGUACCAUUCUAGUGUUUAGUGUUAGUACCUAGAUAAUUUUAUUGUUACCGUUGCAUUUCAAACUAUGCACAGAAUGUGAUAAUUUCGAUCAAAGAACAAAGUUUUUGAUGUUUUGUUUUUGUUAUUAUUUUCAUUUGUUGUUACUUUAAAAUCAGUAAAUCACAGACAUAUUUUUGAAGACGUUCGUGUAAAACAGAAUAAGAUAUUAUUGUCAAUUUUACAAAGAAACAUUUUAUGAUCGUGACUUUAUAUUUUAGACAUGUUAGUUUCAUAUUUAAUAUUGUUUUAAAAACAUUAUUUAUUCGUUGUUAACGUAUUAAUGGUUAAUAAUAAUUUAAAGCAGUCUGUAUUCUUGUAAGACCUAUGUACUAAAAUAACACAGACAUUUUUUGAAAUUACAAUUCUGGCAAGUAUGCAAAUUGAUUCAAAUUAUAUUUAUUUUGCUAAUAAAGUCGUUUAUAUCGAUUACAAGUAUAUGACGUCACAGUCCACGUUGAACAUUGUAAAUAAAUAGUUGUUAAGAAUAUUUAUUGUUAAGUACAAAUCGUAUUUAUAUUAAAAAAAGCGUUGUUUAGUUCACAAUUAUAAGUACCCAGUUGUUGUAUCUAAUCGUAAUGCCCUACCCAUAGUUUACAAAAUUAAUUAUUGUUAUUCUCACAAAUUAAUUCCCUUGUUACCAUAGAUAUGAAUUUUAUUAUAUUUAUAUUCGGCCAAGGUUUAAGUAGACUAAUUAAUUAUGUAGGUACCUGGUCAUGAAUGUAUUCAUGUACGCGACAUUUUGACAUCGAAAUAUGCCUUUUUCCUUAUACAAUUAUGGAAUGUAUCAAGGAGUCCGAUAUUGUCAAUUUGAAAUUCGAAAAACGAAUGGAACGACUCCUUAAAUAGGUCAUAGAUUAAAAUUACGUUUCGUUCGCCUUAAUUCUUGAUACUAGUUGACUUGUUACUCUACAAUUCCUUAUGCAACCCUAAAAAAUAAAUAAAUUGAAGUUUUCUUCGUAAAAAAAACUAAGUUCACUAGUCGUAGAAUCCCACUUCAGCUUAGUACAUUAAUUAGCGACAUCGCUAAACCUUUCCAUGUAGCUAUUCUACAAAUAAUUUGACUUUCUCCUAGUGAGGUUUAUUUAGUGAUACAAAUAGUUGAUACGGAAUGAAUUAGACCAAAAAGAUAUGGCCUAUGAAAGUAACUGUAAUGGUGCUAUAGUCCUAUAGAUUUUGAUCUCAUAUCAGAAUGUGAGACUCGUAUGCAUGCACAAUCGUUGCUAAUUAUGUAAUGCGUUAUAGAUUCCAACGGUAACUGAGUCGGUUGUGUUAUAAUAAUGUUGAAAGAAUUAUUCUUAGUACUUAUAGAAAAAUAAAUUGAAUAUUUAAUA